AUGUCUUUGAGACUAAAUGCCCAGCAAAAAUAUGCUUAUGACACCAUCUUACAGACGUGCUUUGCUUCCCAAGGGCAUUCAUUUUUUAUUGAUGGUCCUGGUGGUACCGGCAAAACCUUUUUAUACCGGUCGCUGCUUGCUACUUUGAGGUCACAAGGUUAUAUAGCCAUUGCAGUAGCAACCUCUGGGAUUGCAGCGUCUAUCCUGCCUGGAGGAAGAACUGCACACUCAAGGUUCAAGAUACCUCUUGACUUCUCAAAGAACAGAACCUGCCAGCUUAGCAAACAAGGCAGUGUUGCAAGGCUGCUCUCGGAGUCAAAACUGAUCUUGUGGGAUGAGGCUUCCAUGGCAAAACGAGAAACUAUUGAGGCAUUUGAUGAUUUGCUUAGAGAUAUCAUGGAAUCUGAACUGCCUUUUGGGGGUAAGGUUGUUGUGUUUGGUGGGGAUUUUCGCCAGACGCUGCCUGUUAUUGAGCAAGCAACAAAGGAAAUCCUUUUGCAGUCGUGUUUUCUCAAUUCUCCAUUGUGGUGUAAACUUCAUAAACUGAAGUUGACAGAAAACAUGCGAGCUAUAUUAGAUCCUCAGUUCUCAGAAUUCUUGUUAAGAGUUGGCGAAGGGCAUGAACUUGUGGACUUCAACGGUGAAAUAACUUUACCUAAAGAUUUAGUUAUUCCUUAUUACGAUAAAGAAGAGUCCUUAAACAGGUUGCUACAAUCUGUAUUCCUAGAUUUAGCUCUCUAUUCCCUGGAUCCAUAUAGGAUGAUUAACAGGUGUAUUCUUACCCCUAAAAAUAGCUCGGUUGAUGAGCUAAAUGAUAUACUAAAUAAAAGGUUCCCUGGAGAGCUGCACACUUUCAUUAGCUCUGACAAAACUGUAGACCAGCGGCACCAGGGGGAUUAUGAGGAUUUUCUUAAUUCUCAGAAUCCAAAAGGCCUUCCUCCUCACAGGUUAAUGUUAAAAGAAAAUUAUCCGAUUAUACUGAUAAGGAAUCUAAAUCCUGUUGAAGGCCUGUGCAACGGCACAAGGCUUAUAUGUAGAGAGCUUGGCCGGCAUACUAUCUCCGCUGAAAUUGUCUUCGGCCAGCAUAAAGGAAAGAGGGUUCUCAUUCCAAAGAUACCCUUACAAACUCCCGACAGCCAAAAGAAUUCUAUUGCAUUUAUAAGAACUCAGUUUCCUGUCCGACUCUGUUUUGCGCUGACCAUUAAUAAAUCUCAGGGACAAACUCUCGAUUACGUUGGCAUUUACUUGAGAGAACCUGUCUUUUCUCAUGGACAGUUAUAUGUAGCCUUGUCCAGAGUUAGAACUUCGGCUGAGCUGAAAAUACUUAUUCUGCCAGGAACUUUUGAUGGUAUAAAAACGGACUGCAAAACUAGAAAUGUUGUGUUCAGUGAAGUUUUUGAAUUGAGCCAGCAGUAG